GACAUUUCCACUCACCAAGACCAUGUGUCGUCCUUCUCGCCUCCUAUUUUGUGAUUGGUUUCAACUAUUUAAGGGCACGUUAAAUCUCCCAGAGGUAAGCUUACUCUUCCUUCUUCUCUAUUUUGUAUUAUAGAUCUUACAUAUAUCACUUCUAUUUGCGAAAAAAUCAUUUCUUUCUUCUUAAUGAAAUCUGACCAAGCAUGGUUUUGUUUAUGUAAAUUGUUUGGGUUCUUAACUUUGUUUGUAGUUUCAUUAGAUUCUGUUUGGGGUUUCUUAAUUUAGGGUUUCAUAUUCCAACUUAUCGGUUCUUGAAAAGUUGAUGAUUUUAUGGUUUAGACAAAUGUAUCUCUUUAAUAUGGUUUUGUAUAUUUCUUACUAUGAGGUUGUAAGCACGGGUGAUUGUACAAUUUGAAGAAUAUUUUCUUCAGACUGAGCAGUUGAAAAGUGGCCCGAACUACUAUAGAGAUUCCAAUGGAAACUUGAUACCAAUAGACUUUGAUGGAACACAUGCACCCAGAAAUUCCUUUUGUGCCGCAUUCGUUGUUGACUUCUAUAGUCUGCGAUCAUAUAAUUUCAUAGUUACAUAUUUGUUAGGUGGAAACUCUUUUGAGUUUAGAUUUUUUAGUGUUACAUGAACUGAGAUAGAUUAUCCUCUCCCUAAGUACAUGAAGAAGCCCUUUCAAGCAUUAGUUUCCCCUCAUUUCCCAUAUGCUUCACUAUUUCUUUGAAGACAAAUAAGGUAAAUUACUAAUUCUGAUGAUAAUGUACAAUUUCAUGAUAAUUGGUUGGGAUAGUAUUGUGGAUGGAAAACUAAAUAGAUUAAUUUCUUCUAUGCAUGACAGUUUGGCUUUUAAAUUUCUGUAAUAUUUUUGGAGUAAGGAAUUUGUGUCAAGGAAAGUAAAAUUGAUAGACCCUAAUAACCAUCCCUACUUUUGUCAGACUAAAAGAGAUGAUUGGGAUAGAAUAUAUAUAAAGAGAUAUAUAUCACAUGUGCUAACAACUUCUUAGUACGAAAUAUACAAAACCAUAUUAAAGAGAUACAUUUGUCUAAACCCUAAAAUCAUCAACUUUUCAAGAAUUAGUAAGUUGGAAUAUGAAAUCCUAAAUUAAGAAAGCCCAAAUAGAAUCUAACGAAACCACAAACAAAGUUGAGAACCCAAACAAUUUAGAAGAACAAAAUCAUGCAUGAUUAGAUUUCAUUAAGAAGAAAGAAACAAUUUUUUUGGCAAAUAGAAGUGAUAUAUUUAAGAUCUAUAAACAAAAUAGAGAAGAAUGAAGAGUAAACUUACCUUAGGGGGAUUUAAUGUGUCCAUAGAUUGUUGAAACGGGUCACAGAACAUGAGGCAAGAAAGACGACCCAUGAUCAUGGCACUGAAACAAACACACCACAAAGUGAGUUAUAUAUGGAAAUUCUGUUCCUACAAUCACACAUUUUUUUCCACUUCGCUAAAUCCACAAAAAGUGAAGAGAAAUGGUUCGAAAUUGUGGUGAUCUAGUGGCAUUUUCCCUUGUCUUCUUAACCGUGGUUUCCAGUGGGUCUGCAUGGGUUGGCGUGAACUGGGGAACCAUGGCAACGCACCAACUUCCCCCGGAGAAGGUGGUGAAGAUGCUCAAGGAAAAUGGGUUCACCAAAUUGAAGCUCUUUGAUGCGGAUCAACUCAUUAUGGCAGCUCUUAUGGGGACCGAUAUCCAAGUCAUGCUUGCAAUACCCAACAACAUGCUGCAAAUGAUAAGUACCAGUCCUAAAGCUGCGGAUUCUUGGGUCUAUGAAAAUGUCACCACUUACUUCUUCAAUGGUGGCGUCAAAAUCAAGUAUGUUGCUGUGGGUAAUGAGCCUUUUCUUAAAGCAUAUAAUGGUACCUUUGCGAAGAAAACGCUGCCAGCCCUGAAGAAUAUACAGACAUCACUUAAUAAGGCCGGGUUGAGUUCAAAGGUCAAAAUCACUGUUCCAUUCAAUGCUGAUAUUUACUAUUCACCUGAUUCAGAUCCAGUUCCAUCAGCUGGUGACUUCAGGCCUGAAAUGAGAGACCUCACCAUUGAGAUAAUCCAGUUCUUGUAUGCAAACAAUGCACCUUUCACAGUUAAUAUCUACCCUUUCCUUAGUCUUUAUUUCAACGAAGAUUUCCCUUUUGAUUUUGCAUUUUUUGAUGGAAAAAGCAAGCCUCUUAGGGACGGUAAGGCACUUUACACCAAUGUGUUUGAUGCAAAUCUUGACACUCUUCUGUGGGCUUUAGACAAGGCAGGGUAUCCUGACAUGAAGGUGCUGAUUGGGGAAAUUGGGUGGCCAACAGAUGGUGAUAAGAAUGCUAAUGCCAAGAGUGCAAGGAGGUUCAACUUUGGUUUGCUUAAACAUGCUCUGAGUGGCAAGGGUACCCCUAAAAGGAAAGGCACAAUUGACUUGUACAUGUUCAGCCUCAUUGAUGAGAACACUAAAAGUGUUGCUCCUGGGAACUUUGAGAGGCAUUGGGGGGUUUUUGAGUUUGAUGGGAAGCCAAAGUAUGAAUUAGACUUAACUGGUCAGCACAAGGAAAAAGGCCUUAUCCCUGUGGAAGGUAUAAAGUACCUGCAAAAGAGGUGGUGUGUUUUGAAUCCAGAUGUUACUUACUUUGAUCAUUUAUUGGCUGGUAGCAUUGACUAUGCUUGUACCUUUUCUGAUUGUACUUCCCUUGGCUAUGGCUCUUCUUGCAAUCAUCUUAGUCUCCAAGGGAAUGCAUCUUAUGCUUUCAAUAUGUAUUAUCAAGUAAAUAACCAACAGGGUUGGAGCUGUGAUUUCUCUAGUUUGGCUACCAUAACACAGAAGGAUCCAUCACAGAGUGGUUGCCAAUUUCCUGUGAUGAUAGCUAGCAGUUCAUCUUUGCUGCUGCUGCAUGAAAGACUUUUAUGUAUCCUAAAGAAAGCAUUGGAGGUUUAUAUUUUUGUUAUGAUUUUGUUAUAGCAAAAGGAUAAUGGAGUAGUUUGAAUUUUGUUCUGAGAAAUUUAGUUUUUCUGUGAGUUUUAGGAGUUGGAUUUCAUCUCAAAUUCGUUAUGUAAAUUUGGAGAAUCCUGGGAGUUCUAAUACUCAGUUUUGGACA